AUGGAGUACGAGAACGAGAACGGUCGCUACGACGACGACCGUCGCUAUGAUCGCGACCGUAGCGCCUCUCCCCGUGGAGAUUCACGCGCCGACCGGGACCGUAGCCUUUCUCCAAGCCGUGGGGACGAUAGAGCACCAGCAGGCGACUCCAGAAAGCCCCCAGUCGACGACGAAGAUGAAGGAGCUGUCAACCCAGGAUCCAACCUUUUCGUCACUGGCAUUCACCCCCGUCUCACUGAAGCAGACAUCUCUCGCUUGUUUGAAAAAUACGGUGACGUUGAGAACUGUUCUAUCAUGCUUGACCCUCACACUAAGGAGUCACGUGGAUUCGGUUUCGUCAAGAUGGUCACUGCUGAACAAGCUGAUGCUGCCAAGGAAGGAUUGCAAGGUGAAGUGAUUGAUGGCCUCACUCUCAGCAUUGAGAAAGCUCGCCGUAGCCGUCCUCGCACGCCUACUCCUGGCAAAUACUUUGGUCCACCUAAACGAGACCCCCGUGGCCGAGGCCCUUCACGUGGAGGCCGUGACCGUUACGAGGAUCGCCGUGGCUACGGUGGUGGCCGUCGCUACGAUGACUACCGAUAUGGCCGCUACGACUCUUACGGUCGCCGUGGUGGAGAUUACGGUCGCGAUGACCACGGAUACCGCGGAGGCAAUGGUGGUGGACGUGAGUAUGGCCGGGAUUAUGGCCGCGACUACGGCCGUCGUGACGAUUACCGUGACGACUAUGGCUCUUACCGAGGCGGUGCUGCUGGUGGCAGCGGCGGUGGUGAUCGCUAUGGUUCCCGUGAAGAGCGCUACUCUCGUGGAGGAGAAGAACGUCGUGGUGGUGGUGGUGGUAGUGGUGGAGGUGGUGAAGAGCGCCGUGGCGGUGGCUACUAUGACCGUGAUGCCAACCCUCCCAGCUACGAGCAGGCCCCUCCCCGCGAAAGCCGUGAACCCUACAACGGCAGUGGCAGCGGUACCGGCGGCCGAUCUUACGAAGGUCGCGGAGAGGAAAGAUACGGCAGCAGGUAA